AUGUCGACCGCUUCGCUAAGGACGCUGGGCGGGCUCACUCGCCGCGUGCGCGUGCCUGCGCGGGCCUUCACAACGACGGCGCGGCAAUUCGAGGCGGCCACCCAGAACAGCGUUCCCGUCGAGGCCGAGGCGGACUCCAAGGCCAUUUCCCAGCAGGCACCCAACAGGGUCGGAAUCUGGGCCCGCGGACAGAGGGCGAGGGCCCAGGCCAUGACGGGUCCCCGUUUCGAGCAGACCGACUUUGCCGUCCAGCCUCAACCCUACGCUGCUAUCGAGCUCAUCCACCAGCAGCCUGUCAAGUGGACGCACGACAGGAUGGUGGCCUGCGACGGCGGCGGCGGCCCUGCUGGCCACCCCAGGAUCUUUAUCAACACAGACAAGGCCGAGAUUGCCACCUGCGGCUACUGCGGAAACCCCUUUGCCAACGAGCACCACAGGAAGCACCUCGAGGCCCUCCCUGAGACAUCCUACCCCUGA